UUUCUCACUUCCCAGUUCCCAUUCCCCCAGCCUCCAAGUUCCAAUGUUUUCCCGCCCCAAAAUCCAUGGCGCCGCCGGAGCAGCAUCCGGAGGAAGAAGCCAUCCGCCUGAAAUCCAUGGCUGAGGCGGAAUUCUCAGCCUCCAACCUGAAAUCAGCACUCAAACAUGCUAUGAAAGCCCAUCGGCUGUGCCCAGACCUCGACUGCCUUUCCGCCAUGCUCACCGCCCUGAAAACCCUCCGGUUUGCCGCCAAAUCCAAUUCCGAGGUCGUUGACUGGUACGGAAUUCUCCAGGUAGAGCCUUUCUCUCACAUCAACACUAUAAAAACGCAGUACAAGAAGCUGGCACUAGUUUUGCACCCUGACAAGAACGUAUUCGACGGUUGCGAGGAGGCGUUCAAGCUGCUAGGGGAGGGGUUUAGGGUUUUAUCAGAUAGAGCAGUAGAAAAGAGUAUGAUGUAGCUUCGAGAAUAAGGUUGCUGGAGGAGAGGGGUGAUGAUGACUCUGUAGUGGAGACUUUCUGGACAGCUUGUUCGAGGUGUAGCCUUCUGCAUCAGUUUGAGAGGAAGAGGAAGUAUUUGGGGCAUAAUUUGGUUUGCCGUAAUUGUAAGAAGAGCUUUGAAGCUGUGGCGGUUGAUGAUGAUGAGGAUAAAGACGAGGUUGGUAAUGGUUGUGUGAAGGUUGGAGUUAGGAGUUUGAGGUUGAGAAGGAAAGUUUUUGGUGGAGAUCAGUUGGGGAACUUUGAUUCAGGGAAUAAGGGAAGUGGAAAUGAGGUUUUGAAGAGGAAAUCGAGUGAUGAAGACCAGGUUUUACAGAAUUUUAAGUCUAAGAAGGUGAGAUUAUAUGAAGAAAUGGUGAUUGGCUGAAAUGCAAUUGGAAGCCAGGCGCAAGGCUAGUGCAGGAAAGGAAAAAUUGAAGGAUAAGCAGAAGGUGGAGGGACCGGAGAAAGAAGACGUAGCAAAGAGCAGAGAAUCUCGGAGUGGAAAAAGUAGGAGUUCAGUUGGUGUAAAUGAAAGAGCUCAGACAUCCAAGAAGAUUGUGAUUCAUGAGACGGAGAAGCAUGUUGUAUCGAGGAAGUCUAUGAGUGCUAAUAAUGUCGGGUAUUUGGAGAAUGGUGGUCAGGAGAUGAUGGAGGUUGAGGACUCAGACUUCUAUGACUUUGAAUCUUUGAUAGUGACAGAGCAGAGAAGAGUUUCAAGAAGGGGCAAGUGUGGGCUAUAUACGACGAUACUGAUGGAAUGCCUAGGCAAUAUGGUUUGAUUGAUGAGGUGGUCUCGGUGAAUCCUUUCCAGGUGAAGUUGAGUUGGCUGGAUCUCGUCAAUAAUGGAGAUGAGAGGUUGAUUAGCUGGUUAAAAACAGGAUCUUGUGGGAGCUUUAAGGUCGAUAGAAACAUGACUGUUGAUUCGAUGAAUAUUUUCUCACAUGUUAUGCUGUGUUAUAGGGCUGCGAGACAAGUUUACAGGAUUUACCCUAACAAGGAUUCUGUAUGGGGAGUUUACAGAGAAAGACAAAGACAUGUUCCACAGAGGGAUGAGUGCUACAACUUUGUUGUGGUUCUGAGUAAUUACAGUGAGAUUCACGGGCUGAGUUUUGCUUACCUCGAUAAGGUUGAUGGGUUCAAAACUGUGUUCAAUAGAAAGGAGUUUGGAUUUCACGGUGUUAAAUGUGUCGAUAAAAAUGAUCUCCAGAUAUUUUCUCAUCAAAUUCCUGCGAGGAAGGUCUCUAAUGAUGAGAUCCCCGAGCUUCUGAACGACUGUUGGGAGCUUGAUCCAGCUUCACUUCCAGCAGUGUUGUUCCAUUCAAAAGCAUGUAUAAGAGAUUAGAAUGGGAGGGAAUUGUUAACCCGCCCAUCGGAUGAUCAAACCCGAACUCUUCUUCUGCCAUGGUCAGCAAGUCCUGAAACGAUUCAUGGCUUAAGUAAGAUACUGGCACAACGAAUCUCUUCCUCUGAGUCUCUCCAACAUAGACUGCCAAGAAACCUUUCGGCACAUCUGGAAACCUUGUUGAGGCUGAUUUGCUUGAGCCAGACCCAGAUCGUCGGAGAAUUUGCUUGGCGAGAUUUCCUGGCAAACCGAUAGCCAUUUCUCUUUCUGUUGAUGAAUCUGAGCACAAGAAAAGAUGAUGGGAAAGGUGUAAGCAGGGAAUUUGAGACUCUUUGUUAUCUUCUUCUUGGUUGGAGAUGGUUCUGAGCUAAGAAUAUGCAGAUGUUUAUAUAGAUGGCUGCUUCACAAAUUUGACUGGGUUGGCUUGAGACAUGGUCCAUGGCAUAUCACAUGGUCCUGCCAUACCACCGUACAACAUAUGUAGGGAAGGGAGCGUAGGGGAGACGUACCCUACAACUGGAGGGUAAGCCAAUGGUGAAGGGCUUAAAGAUUGGGCCCUAGUUGUGGGGACAUUCAGGCAUUAAUGCUGUGGAUUAGCUGUGCAGCUAACCGUCCCAUUUUCUGGUCUGGACAUGGCUUAGACAACUAGUUGGGCGUUAAGUCGUGUCUGCUAAUGAAGACGGAAGAGUUCAACUAAUCAAAGAGGCAUUUAAGAGGAAGAAACUAUUGGCAUCCAACAUUAGCCGGCAGAUGCUUCGAAGAAAGAAGAACACUUUGGCUUGGACGAAGGCAAGGAAACUUCACAUUCUGGUAUUCUGGUAUGACAAUGAAAAUGACUUUGGAGUACUUGGUAUUUUGUACCUGUUUCUUUGAGUAUACCGUUACGGCAUGUACUCAGUUAUGUAUUGGAAACAUUCAGAAUGAUAUUUCAAUGCAUUAGGUUGGCUACAUCCACUUUUUACACAAACAAAAACCAGAUCCAUCUGGAGGUCCUACUCGAGGUUGAAUCAACGUUAAUACUAUUGACUCUACCUUUCACUCUUCCUCGGUGAAGCAUUGUGGUGGCAUUGUUUAGGGAGGAAUAGGCCGUUUCAUUACGGUCCUCGUCGCGAAUUGGGAGCUGAAUUGGUGAUAGUUUUGCAUGGUUUCAGGCUAUCUUCUUAGAUUUGUUUCAGAA